UGAGAUCCACCACGUCCGACGAAUGAUUUAUCGAUUUAUUGUCUUCCAUUCCUACUACCUUCCUUUUCCCAACUCUCCUUCUCCCUUCCUACAUCCAUUUAAACGACAAUGUCAAUCGCAUAUGCAAUCGAAAAACAGCUAGCGAUAUCUGCUGUGCGAAGAGCCUGCUUAUUGACAUCUUCUGUAUUCAACAAACUGGUUAAGAAUGAGACGUUAGUAAAGGGAGACAAGUCUCCUGUUACAGGUAUAGUGAUUCGCUCUUUCUUCUCUUCGUUUUCAUUUAUGUAUAUGACAUUUGCAGUCGCAGACUAUUCCGCCCAAGCAGUGAUAAGCUCAAUGCUUCACCACGCAUAUCCUAACGAUCCAAUCGUUGGCGAAGAAGAUGCAUCGGAUAUACGAGCAGAAAGUGGUGCUUCGCUCAGAAAUCGUAUUGUCGAGCUUGCAAACGAAGCAUUGACAGCCGAGCUUGGCAUCGGGGACGAUGCGAAUUGGGGAAUCGGACCUGGAUCAGAGCAGAAUGCUGACGAGUUAUUGGAUGCGAUUGAUAGGGGACGAUAUGAGGGUGGUGGAACUGGGAGAAUGUGGACAAUCGACCCAAUUGACGGGACCAAAGGUUUUUUACGAGGGGAACAAUAUGCCGUUUGCCUAGCUCUAAUCGUCGACGCUCAAGUUCAACUUGGUGUUCUGGGGUGCCCGAAUUUGCCUAUAGACUGGUUGAAACCGGACGGCGAGAAGGGGUGCUUAUUCGUUGCGGUCAGAGGACAAGGAGCUCAGCAGAUAACGCUUUCCGGCGCAGAAUCAACACCUCUUACAAUGCCUCCAUACACACCAUCCACAUUUAACUUCCUCGAAUCAGUCGAAGCCGCACACUCAUCUCACUCUACCAUAUCCCGUAUCUCCGCUAUAAUGGGAUUAACUGCAUCCCCGAUUCGAAUGGAUAGUCAAGCAAAAUAUGGGUGCCUCGCGCGAGCAGAUGGUGGAGCGUAUGUGAGGAUGCCUACUGGGGCCGGGUAUAAGGAAAAGAUCUGGGAUCAUGCAACUGGUUCCCUUCUGGUCACUGAAUCUGGUGGAAUUAUCACCGACUCGCGCGGCCUUCCGCUGGAUUUCGGAUUGGGCAGGACGCUGGGAGAAAACUACGGGAUCAUUGCGACGGUAAAGGACGCGCAUGGAAAGUUGUUGAGUGCGGUGCAGCAGGUCGUUGCGAAGGAGGAAGAACCAUUGAAGUCAAGAGCAUAGUGCAGGGUUGAAAGCUAUAUAAUUACACGCGUUGUGUGGAUCUUGAAAAUUUUGUCGAAACCUCAAUUGAAGAAGGUCAGCAAGACAAAUCGCUGCAACAAAAAUUCAAAUACCAUCUAGCCCUCGAAGCCCCGCCAUUGUGCUCCAUGUUCUUGCCAAAGGACGAG